AUGAAUAAUAAAUGUGAAUUAAUUAUCUAAGAGAGUGGAUUAGAAAUGGAAAGAAGCCUUGAUCAUUCAAUCAUAAGAAGUCCUUAGGCUGAACAAUUAAUAAGUUCAUCAAAUAAAUAAACUUUAUUGAAAUUUGAUAGUUCAUUUGCUUAAGAGUCAUUCUAAAAAAGAAAAGACUCUUUAUCAUCUUAGAAUCUAUCAGAUAAGAAUUAAAUGAUUACUACAAUAAUUAGAUAAAAACAAUUUUCAAAAUUACUUAUUUAUUGCCAUUCUAUGAAAUUUGCCAAUAGACUAAUUUCACUCAUAAAACCAUGUUCAAAGUUUUCAAUUGAAUAAUUUAAUAUGAUUAAUGAUAAGGCAUCAUUUUUCAAUAAUAAUCUAUAAACAAAAAAAUAAACUACUAAACAUUUUGUUUAACAAAAUUUAAGAGAUAUUGAUUUUUAAUUUAGAUGGCGUUUAUAAUUAAGAAAAUUUAAAAAAAGAUUAGUUGAAUAUCUUCAUUAUCAAUAUUAAUAAAUACCAUUAAUAGAACCUGAAAGUUAAAAACUAUUUAUUUGGGAUAUAUUAUUGAAUUUAAUAAGAAUUUAUUUGAUAAUUUGGAUUCCAAUAAUAAUGGUAUUUUAAAAUCAACAAUUAGAAUAUAAUAAUAGAAUAAUGAUUCUCUUUUCAAGUAUUCUAUUAUUAAUAGAUCUAUUUUUAAGGUGUAUUACAAUUGUAUAUGAUAAAGGAUAUCCUGUUGAUAAUCGCUAUCUGUUAAUUAAAAGAUAAAUAAAAUUAAGUAAUUUAUUUGAAGUUUGUAGUAUAUUUAUUGGAAUUUAUUUAUCAAUUAGAUUUAGUGAUCCUGAAUUUAAUUAUUCAAUUUUGGAUGAAAAUGGUUGGAUUAAAUUACUUUUAAUAUUAUUUUUGAUAUAAAUUAAGAAUGUAGUUAAAUUUAUGAACAAUAUAUAAUAUUACUAUAAACCUAAUAAGGAAAUGUCAUCUGUUAUAGAUUUAAUAAAAUUAGUAGGAUUAAUUCUAUUAAUAUAACAUUUAUGUUCAUGUGUAUGGUAUAAAUAAUAAUAAAAUUAGGUUAAUUAUUGGAAUGAAUUAAUUAACAUAACAUCAUUAAAGUUGGAUUUAUAAAGUAUUUCUUGAAAGUUGGGAAGUACAAUAUUUAGAAGCAUUUUAUUUUAUGAGUGUAACCAUGUUUACUGUUGGAUAUGGUGAUAUUAAUCCAUAGAAUUCAUUAGAGAAAGUGUUUUGUAUUUGUUAUAUGUUUUUAUCUACUUUGUAAUUAUCUUAUUCUGUAAAUACUAUUGGAGCAAUCCUUACUUUACUUAAAGAGAAGAAUGAGAUAUUCAGAUAGAAGAUGACUUGCAUGAAUGAAUUUUUAAAGGAUAAGAAUAUCAGUUAGUAAUUGCAAUAUAAGUAAUCUUAUAAUAUAUUUAAGGAUUAGAGAAUUUUGUACUUUCUAUUGGGAAUAAGACAUAAUUCAAAAGAAAAAUGAAUAAUAAUUAUUAAUAAAGGAAUUACCUGAUGAAUUAUAAUAUCAUCUUAAAUUAGAAUAGGCUAAAUAACUUGUAAAUAAAUGUACAUUUUUUAAGUAACAUUUUGCAAAAUCUACAAUUUAAUAUAUAAUUUAAAGAGUUUAGUUUACAUCUUAUUAACCAGGAACAAUAAUUUAAAUUACUCCAUCUAAUAAUGGAGUAUUUGUUAUUGAAAGAGGAAAUAUUGAAGUACUUUAAAAUAAAGUAUUUAUGAAAUAUUUAUGAUAGACUAAAAUCUCUGAUUUAAAAGACUUUGAUUAAUUUGGAUUUUAAGAAUAUAUAAAUAAUCAAUAUAAUCUUGAUAUUAUUUAUUAAACAACUACUUACACAAGUAUUUUAUGCAUCCCAUAUUAAAUUUUAAAUGAUGCUAUUAAAAAAAGUAAGAGUGACUUUGAAAAGAUUUAGAUUAAGAAAUAGAUUACCAAAUUUCAUUUUUGUUAUAUAUGUAAAAGUACAAAACAUUCAAUUGAAUAAUGCAAAUUAGUACAUUAUGUUGCAGAUAAAGAGAAAUCAAUUAAGACUUAUUUAUUAGUUGAUAAUCAACCAAGAAUUAAAAUUAAAAGAUCAAAUAGAUUUUAAAAAUUUCAGACUUUGAUUCAAUAAGUAUGUUUAGAUGCAUCUUGUAAAUUAAUCUAAUAGGAAUAUGAAAGAGAAAUUGAAUAAUAUUUCCCAGAACUUACUUAUGAAGCAUUAAUAAAACCAUUAAAUUCUAGUUAAAAAAUAUUUGAAUCUCCAAAAGAUAAUGAAGUAUAUCGACCAUAGAAAUAAAAUUAUUUACUUGAAACUAUAAAAACUAGUUAAGUAAGAACUUAUGAUAAAUUUUGUAAUAAUCUCUCAUUAACAUUUCGUAAUCAAGAUAUCUCACCAUUUAUUAAAGAACCUGAUAUAUUAAAAGAACUUUAAUUAAAAAUGAUCAAUAUACAAAAAUACCCUUAAAAAUAAUAAAAAGAAUUAUUUAUUUUAUAUAAAACUCUUGAAAAUUAGAGUUAAGCAGAUAUAGGAAUAGGAAAUUUUGAGAAAGUUAUAAAAUUCACAAAAUUUGAUAGAUUUUGGAAUAUUAGUAAUGUUAUUGAAUAAUUAAAUUGCAAAUAUGAACAUUCAAGACUUUAUUUAGAUAUCAUCAAAAGAUUAAGUAAAUAUUUACUCUUUCCUCUUGAAUUUAUUUAUCUAUUUAAAAAAGAUUUAUUAAAAUAAAGAGCUGAAAGUUAUCAAAAUAGAAAGAUUAAAGAUUCUGAUGAUGAAAAAAGUGAUAAUAAAUAAAUCAGUAAUAAUUAAAUUUAUUUAAGGUCCAUUUAGAAAAUUUGAAAGAAGAAAAGCACUAAUUUAUCCAAAAUCUCUUACUUUUAAAUGA